AUGUCUCCUUGCACUAUCACCCUCGAAGGGAUAUCCAUUGAAGUCCCUGCCCAUUGUCAGGAUGAUGCAAAGGUGCUGGCCAGCAAAUAUAUUUGCGACAGAAGUGCCAGCGAAAUGGAAGCUCUGGCCUCGUUUGUCAGCUUCUGCUCAGCCGAAAAUCUGGAUGUUGCCAUCGCUGCCUUCGAGCACCUCCACAAGUCUCACUGUCUAACCGACAACAUCCAUGUUGUUGUUCAGCAGCACAACCUCUCGCAGCAGCAAGCGCGUGUCGUCAUCAAGGGCUACUACUCAGUUUGGAACGAGCUUGAGUCGCGCAACAUGCUCCCAGAAGUUCCGCGUCCAGCACUGUUUAGCAAGGCUCAUGCGGCGGCAGUAGCUAUAUUCGGAGGCCAAGGCGGUACUGAUACCUACCUGGGCGAGGGUAUGUGGAUGCUAGAUGUAUAUCGCCCGAUUCUCGUUGACUUUGUCGAGACAAUGUCCCGCUGGAUAACGACUCCUGCCACUCGUCCAUCGGCCCAGUACCUCGCUCUUACGCCUGUCUCCAUAGUCACAGUGGCAUUUGCCCAACUGAUGCACCUGAUGGUCUUGUACAAGACACUCAGGCUUAGUCCAGGCGAACUUUCUCAGUCAUUCAAAGGAGCUACUGGUCCAUUGCCAGGGACUUGUAUUCGCUACAUUUCUUUUUAUGAUUCCUCCAAGAAGGCGCUGGGCAUUCUGAUGGUGGCAGCGGCGAAAAACCAGCUCUGCACGCCUUCCUAUGUGCUUAGCACCGAAACUGUCGCAGAGUUUGCCUCACAGGAGGGCAAGCCUUCGCCAAUGGUGUCUAUUCGCGGAAUCCCCAGGCCGCUGCUUGAGUCUCUGAUCGCCAAGUGCAACCAGCACAGCACCCAGCAAUCCGACAACGUUUAUCUGGCGAUCGUCAACGGGUAUGACAACUUUGUUGUCACUGGUCGCACGACAGCCGUUGUGCAGUUCGUGAGAAUGGUGCGCGCAUGCUGCGCCAACCCAGACGAUGAUCCAGUCGCGUAUCCCACCCUCACAGCGCAGGCCAGUCGUGUCAACCAGCUUUUUGAGCAUCAAUCUUGUUGGUCAUUGCGAGCUCCUGCAGGAAUUGACUGGCUGUCCAUGGUUUCUAGCGCCGACGCAACGCAUUUUGUUGACUUUAGUCCCGGAGGCUUCAGUGUUUUCUCGCGACUCACUCAGAGCAUUGUCGAGGGAAAGGGGGCAACCAUCAUCAGUGCUGGCUCGCUGACUGCAGAUCCCAAAUCGCGCUUCGGGUCCAAGGCCGAUCUCUUCAGAUCAGAGCUUGAUCGCCUCCGCUUUGCUCUUGACGGGAGAAUAUGCAUCGACUCACCUCUGGCGCGCAUUCUUGGUUUGCCGCCAGUUAUACUUGCAGAGGCAUCCCCACCCGUCUCCGACGACCGGUUUGUGGCAGAGGCUAGCAAUGCCGGGUACCACGCCGAGCUGUGUGGUAGCUAUAUGUACCGCGAGAAGGCGUUCAGGGAGAGAGUCCACGGAGUCCACGCAUUGCUCACACCUGGCCAUGGCUUUGCCGUUAACAUUGACUAUGCGAACCAGAAGCAGUGGUCAUUCCAGUAUCCGGAGAUCCUGCGCAUGCGUAGAGACGGUGUUCCAAUCACUGGUCUCACCAUCAGUGGCGGCGUUCCGUCAGUUGAUACCGGCAGUGCAAUUAUCCGCGACCUUCAAAAGUCUGGGGAUUCGGACAUGUUUCGUUCCACCCGGACUCAGCACUUGGUAUCCGUCAAGUCCUCCAGAUUGCCGUCGCCAGCACAGGAGUUCCCGGAUUCGAGUUCCAGCGUAGCUGAGGAGGCACUGCCAUACUACACUGGCGAAUGGAGUCUCCAAUUCGACUGCGCACGUAUGCCAGUUGACGGUGUGAUUCCAUUGUCGAGCCAGCCGACAACAUCAGCCCCUUCCUUGGUGCAUGAUGUCCGGGUCAUUAAGGACCUGGAUCAGCUUGUAGUUCUCGCACCCGAUGCAGAUGGAGGCGUGGUGGAACUGCAGGACAUGACAUACAUGGAGGUCGUCGAUCGCCUUGUUGAACUCAUGUAUACCCGCCAUCAAUCGCAGUGGCUCGACUUUUCCCAUCGCAACCUGGUCGGUCGCUUCCUGAGGCGUGUAGAGGACAGGUUUGCUGAGUCUGUGAACAUGCGCAUCUUCCAGAGAUACGGCCACAUUGACGACCCUGCUGAGGCGGUUGAGGAGCUGGCCUUCACCCUGUGCAAUGCCGAGGAUUCUGACUACCUUGUUGAGAUCUGCAAGCGUGCCGGAACCAGACCAGUUCCAUUCAUCCCUGCUUUUGGCGAGGACCUCUGGGUAUGGAUUAUGAACGAGGAUGAUUCGGCAGCCGGAAGCUCGAGUUUUGCUGGCGAUAGCGAGUCUUGGACCAAGUUUGUCAGGGGACGACAAGCCCUGGGUUUAAACACCGAAAUGACUUGGGCACAUACCCAAGACAUGGCCAAUAGCAUUAAAGCCGUGCUUGUUGACCAGAUCAUCCAGAGCCAGUACGAUGGCGAUAUUUCCAGCGUGCCAUAUGUGGAGUACAUCGGUCUGGAUAUUGCGUCAGCGCCACCCGUCUCAUCGGUCACAUCAGCUAUUAAUCCGUCGGAACUCACAUACGUGUUACCGGCCGAGAAGGCCCAGCUCCCAAGUGCUGAUUCAUGGUUGAGCACCCUGGCAGGCCCAGAGAAGAGCUGGCUUAGCGCGCUGCUGACCGCAUCAGAUAUUAUUAGAGGCACGAGGUGUGCCAGAAAUGCUAUCCGGCAGAUUUUGAGGCCGCUUCCCGGGCAUUCGGUAAAGAUUACACUGGACAACGGGUUUCCAUCCAGGCUGGAGGUUUUUGAUCCUCAAGGAAUGGCCGAUGUCUCCAUCUCCAUCGACAAAUCCCGUGCCAUCACUGCGACUAUCUUCCACCGCAUUUUCGAAAACACCUUCGAGCUCGAACUUGUCUACAGGUAUGAGCCGACACUGCCAAUAUCCCCAAUAGUCGAGAUUGGUGAUGGUCGUCUUGAGAGAAUCCAGAGCAUCAUAGUGGCAGCGCUGAAACUGGGGGCAGACAUCCCAGAUAUUGAGGCUGUCGACGUGUCUCUUGAUGCCGUACCUGUGAAGUGCGAGCCGUACGCUGUUACCGAGGGCCUUGUUCGUCGCCUGUGCAACAGUGUUCCCAACAUGCCGGAUAGCUACAUGCGGCAUUCGGACGGCACCCAACUUGCCCCAAUGGACGUUCUGUUCUAUGCUACCUGGCCUGGUUUUGCAGCCAUACAAAUGUCACCUGCGUUACACGAUGGCGCAUUGGACAACGUCCACCUCUACAACAGGUUUUCACUGUCAGAAGGUGCACAGCUGCUUCAUGUGGGAGAUAUAGUGGACAGCGACAUCCGCGUCACAUCUCUGGAAAACACACCUAUUGGGAGGAAGGUGACGCUUGUGUCUCGUCUGUUCCGAGAUGGAGCUCAGUUCGCGACAAUCGAGAGCGCCGUUCUCUCACGCAACGUAUUUGCUGACUAUUCUCAGACGUUCAAGGUUGUGGACGAGCCCGCCUCACGAGUAACGCUUGUGACCGCUGAGGACGUUGCUGUCUUGCGGUCCAAGGAGUGGUUUGUGUUCCUGAAAUCUCCUGAGGAUGAGCCAUUGUCUGCUGGUCAAACCCUCGAAUUCUCGAUGAAAUCGGUUUAUCGCUACAAGUCCGACAGGCUUUUCUCGCCCGAUGGUCUGCGCUGUCAUGUUGCCGACAUUGACUACAUGAACUGUGACAUUGCUGGAAACCCCGUCACGGAAUAUCUGAAGCAGGCGGCGACCCACGCUGAAGAUACAGCGCUGUUUGACCAUGAAGGGUUCCCCAUUUGUAUGGAAGACUCUACAUGCAAUUCGGCUGUAGAUGCACCAUCGGAUAACUGGAGAUCUGCCAUGGCAUGUGGACCUCGGCGUCGACAAGGGCGCAUGUUCGAGCGGUUCGCUGCUAACGGUGACCCCAAUCGUGUGCGCUCUUACCAGGCAGACUUUGUUGGAAUGGUUCUGCCUGGAGACCAACUCGAUACCAAGCUGCUCCAUGUGGGCAUGAAGCGUGGGCUUAUGCUUGUCGCCGGGAAAACACUCAACCAGCAUGGUGAUCUCGUGCUGACCUUGCACAGCAGAGGUGGAGCAGCCCAAGUCGGCGUAUAUAUUCACUGGCCAAGGGAGCGCAGUUUGCUGGGAUGGGGAAUGGAUCUGUACAAUUCGUCGGCAGUUGCACGGAAAUGUCUGGAAUCGUGCAGACACACACAUGCGUGCCAAUGGCAAGAAGGGGUCACAGAUAAGGACAAACUACCUAUCUCUAACUCGCACAUUCGCUGGCAAGACGAUGCAGCUUGUUCCGGGGAUCACAAGGAAGGUCGCCCCACUACAUUCACAAGUCUGCCAAUGGCCUGCUUAACGCCACGCUGUUCACUCAGCCGAUACAGACAGUUAUGUCGCUGGCGCAGAUUGCUGACAUGCGCGCACACGGGAGUUGUCCAAGAGGACGCUCAAUUUGCUGGCCACUCACUCGGGGAAAUUGGGUCGCUAGCUGCAAUGGCUGAAAUUGUGUCUGUUGAGGACGCAGUCGACAUUGCACUUUACCGCGGCCUGCUACUUCAUGCAUCUGUAGAGCGCGAUAGGCCAAGGACUCUCGCAAGCGUGCUGGCGGAAACGAUUGCUGGUGUUGCUCUCGAGAGCGGCAAAGGCACCACAGUAAUCCCUGGCGUCGAUGUCCCGUCGCACUCUAGCCAGCUUGUUUCCAGUGUGGACUCGUUCCGGGGUGUUCUUGUGCAGAGAAUCCCGGCACGCUGUUUAGCCAUUUCGCUCGAGUUCAUUCAGAGUGUUUAUGAUAUCUGCAAGUCAGAUGCCAUACACUCGAUACUCAAGUCUUGGAACGAUUCCAAGUACGAGGAAAGCUCAGCAAGGGCGCAGCUUGCGCACACUCUCCUCAUUGAGCUCCUGGCAUUCCAGUUUGCCUCAUCGAAUACUCUGUUUAAAUACUCCGCGAUUACACGGCUGGUGGAGAUUGGACCAAAUGGCUCGCUGUGCCGUAUGGCGCGCCAAACAUUGACACCAGAGUAUGGUGUUCGAAGGGAGGUGGAAGUUCUUCAUGUUGGCAAUGAUAAGGACGAGGUGUAUUUCCUAGGCGAUCCUGAAAGCACAGACCCCGCUACAGCUGACGACAUGUUGGAAAAGCCUGUGACGGAGUCAAAGCUGCAGCCGUCAGUGGCAGCUCAGUCAAUUGAAGAUGCUCCUCUCCAAGUGGCACAUAUUCUUCUCUCGGUUGUCGGGCAGAAACUGCGCAAGAGCGUGCUUGACAUUCCAUUGAGCAAGUCAGUCAAAGAGCUCGUUGCUGGCAAGUCCACGCUGCAAAACGAGAUUGUCGGCAUUAUGCAAAAGGAGUUUGGGAAAAGCUUCCCUGACAAUGUCGCCGAGAAGCCGCUGCAGGAUGUUGCAAAUAGCCUUGGGUCGAUCGUGAGCUCGCUUGGGAAGCAUUCAACAGCAGCCAUCCAGCGCUUGUUUGCAGCCAAAAUCCCAAGUGCAUUCUCGCAGGCAAAGGCUCGAGCAUAUCUCAAAUCGACCUAUGGGCUUGGUAGGGGUCGACAGGAUGCAGUUUUGCUGGUUGCAACCACUCUCGAACCAGCUAAGCGCCUAGAAGAUGAGGCCGUGGCAAAGCCGUGGUUGGACGAUGUAGUUCACAAGUAUUCGACGCUUUCUGGGCUAGUGUUGUCAAGGGAAUCUGCCCAUGCGAUUACUCCCCAUGGCCACGCUUCGACCGUUGUCGAUAGCAGAGAACUGGAGGCUCUGAAGAACACACAAAGCAGGCUGGCUCUCAGGCAGAUGCAGCCUGCUUGCAGAGAGCAUUGUGAGAGGCUCUUGGAGCAGACCAAGGAGAUGGAGCAUAUUCGUGGGGAUAUCGGUGAUGAUUUCAUCCAGAAAACAAAGCCUCUGUUUAGUUCGCUGAAGGCUCGACGCUACAACUCGUACUGGAAUUGGGCCCGCCAGGAUGCCCUGCAGUGGAUAUACGACAUUUUGUCAGGGAAAGAAGAUGCCGACCAGGAAACAGUCUCAAAGAGGCUGCACAUGCUGCGCAACCGCUCGACAUCUGGGCUGAUGAAAAUGCUAGAUGGAAUUAUCGCGACUUUGACUGGGUCCACAGAUCCGCUUUCAGUGAAGGCGCUUGACGUCGCGGAAACAAUGCGCUCAGAGUGCAAGGCGCAUCUGACAACUGACCCAACAUAUCGGGAGCUCUCCAGAUCCCUCCAGCCCCAUACACACAUUACCCAAAAGGGGGAGGUCAUCUACUCUGAGCACCCCCGUGAAGACGAGCGAGACAUCGUUGAUUACGUUCGAAAUGUGCAGACGAACAAGGUUCUGGGUGGACCUGAUGUGUUCCUGUUUGGCAGGGAAUUAGGCGAGCCCUGGACGUAUAACAAAGACUUGUCAGCAAUAUUCUUUGACGAGCUGGAGUCAGUGGCUACAGAAGGGCUGACAUUCAAAGGAAAGGUAGCCCUGGUUACUGGGUGCGGCAAAAACUCCAUCGGGUCAGGGCUGGUUGAAGGGCUGCUUUCAGGAGGAGCGCGGGUGAUUGCAACAACGUCGAGCUUCAACAUGAAGUCGAUUCGCUUUUUUGAAGAAAUGUAUCGCAAGUUUGGCGCCCGCGGCUCGGAGCUGGUGCUCGUUCCCUUUAACCAGGCCUCGGUCCAAGAUGUUGAGCAGCUAAUCGAGUUUAUCUAUGGCAAGGAGGGGCUUGCAUCAGACAUUGACUUUGUUGCGCCAUUUGCCGCUUUCCCCGAGCACGGAAAGGACAUGACCAGCGUUGACUCAAGCUCCGAGUUGACAAUCCGCAUUCUGCUCUCCAACUUUUACCGGAUGUUUGGCCAGAUCAAGGCAGCCAAAAUCAAAUAUGACCACACGUUCUACCCCACUCGCCUAACCAGGGGCUUGUUGGCGACGACGGCUUGUAUGGCGAGACGAAAGGCUGCUUUGCACACCCUCUACAACCGCUGGUACACCGAGUCCUGGGCGGACUACCUGUCGAUCACCGGAGGUGACAUUGGCUGGACGCGCAGCACAAACAUGACAUUUGGCUCCGGAAAUGUGUUUGCUGACAUGGAGAAGAUUGGCUGGCGCACGUUCUCACGAGAGGAGAUGGCGUUCAACGUUCUUGGCCUGUUGACCCCAACGAUGGUCGAGCUUGCACACACAUCGCCGGUCUACGGGAACUUCAAUGGCAGCGUCCUGCGUGAUCACCGAGUACGGGAAAUCCAUGCCGGAAUUCGUAUGGCAAUUGCAGGAAAGAGAGCCGAGAGGAAGGCGGUUUUAUCGGCGCUCAGUGGAGACGAGUUUGUCGAACUGCAGGAAGAUGCCGGAACACUCGAGCACUUCCUCCACACCCACCCCCUUGCGAAACACCGUGCGAACAGCCCCAAGGUCAAGUCGUAUGAGCAGCUGGCUCAUCUGAGGGAUCUAGAGGGAAUGGUUGAUCUAGACCGGGUUGUGGUGGUGACUGGGUUUGGUGAGGUUGGUCCAUUUGGAAACUCAGCCCUGCGGUGGGAGAGAGAGGCAUUCGGCGAGUUUUCGAUUGAAGGAUGCAUCGAGCUGGCCUGGAUCAUGGGCUUGGUUAAGCACAUCUCUGGCAAGCACCCAACAACCGGCGAGGACUACAUUGGAUGGGUUGAUGCCCAGACUCUGGAGCCGGUCCAUGAUGCUGACGUCAAGGCUAAUUACGAGGAGCAGAUUCUCGCACAUACUGGAAUUCGUGUGCUUGAGAAAGACAUGUGCGAAAGCGGUGAUCCAUACCAGAAGAACUUUGUUUCUGAGCUGCAGGUCGAUCAAGAUCUGGAACCGUUUGAGACGACUGAAGAGGAGGCUGCCAAUUACAAGCGUAGCCAUGGCAAGAGAGUCGACGUGUGGGCGAAUCCCGACGGCUCAUGGUCAGUCAAGCUGCUCAAAGGCGCGAUUAUUCUUGUUCCGAAGGCACUGAGGUAUACACGGUCGGUUGCUGCCCAGCUUCCAACCGGAUGGGAUCCCGUUAGACUGGGGUUGCCUCAGAGCCUUGUCGACCAGAUGGACCCAGUAAACAUCUAUGCGGUGGUGGCCACAGUUGAGGCACUGGUUCGGUCAGGAAUCACCGACCCCUAUGAGAUCUACCAGUACUUCCACGUUUCUGAGGUUGGCCACUCGAUCGGGUCAUGUCUCGGCGGGGCCACAAGUCUCCUGGAUGUCUUCCGCACACGCUGGUCUGACAAGACCAUGAACACAGAGACCCUUCUUGAGGCGACUAUCAACACGACCAGUGCGUGGAUCAACGUGCUCCUCUUGUCAGCCUCUGGUCCGCUGAAGCCGACUGUGGGUGCAUGCGCAACUGCAGCAAUGGCUCUGGACAUCGCAGUCGAGAGCAUCAUGAAUGGCAAGGCGAAGAUGAUGGUGGCCGGUGCGGUCGACGCGUAUUCGCAGGAAACGGCAUACGAGCUGGCGCGAAUCGAAAUGGGCGCACCAAUCUACGGCAUUAUUUCGCUGACAACCACUGCAACUGACAAAUCAAUCCGCAACUUCACUGCGCCUGGCCAAGGAAUUCUGACGAUGGGCCGUGAAAACCACGGCUCCGGUAAUUCGCCGCUUCUGGAUAUUGGCUUCCGACGCCAAAUGUUCAACGGACAGAUGGCAUAUAUCGAGAGUGUGGCCGCUGAGGGUGAGCGCACAGGCAGACCAAUUCCGCAGGACGAGCUGCUGCGUCUGAAAAGGGAAGCACAGAAUACGUGGAGCAACGGGUUCUAUAAAAACAACCCGUCCAUUUCGCCGCUUCGUGGCGCGCUGGCCAUGUGGGGACUUGGGCCCAACGACAUUGGCAUGACAUCGUUCCACGGCACAUCGACUACCCUCAACGACAAAAACGAGUCCGAGGUUAUCAGCAAGCUCAUGAAGCAGCUGGGCCGUGAACCAGGUCUUCCUGUUCCCAGUGGCCAUCCAAAGGCCGUGGCAGCGCAGUUCAUGAUGAAUGGCCUUUUGCAGGCAAUGAACUCUGGGAUCAUUCCUGGCAACGAGAAUGCCGAUAACAUCGACGCAGAGUUCGAGCAGUUUGAAUAUCUGGUGUAUCCGAGCAGAUCAUACAACGUCCCUAUCAUCAAGGCCGCAAUUCUCACAACCUUUGGUCUCAGCCAAGCAAGUGGAGGCGCACUGGUGAUUCACCCAGACUACCUAUUUGCAACGCUGACCAAGGACGAACUGGAAAGGUAUCAUAGGAAGAACACUCGGCGGACCACCAAGUCGCAGAGAUACUUGUUGGAUACUUUGGCUGGCAGGCAUACGCUGGUACAGGUGAAGGAGGCGCCGCCAUAUACGCCAGAACAAGAGACCGAAGUGUACUUGGACUCGCUUUCCCGUGCAAAUGCACUCUAUGGACACCUUGUUGCGCACACCACAGCUGUCCCUGACGUCGACAUGUCAGCUGAACCAGGUUACGGCAAGCCAGGCGCCAACAAGAGCCCUGCUACAGCGUACACAAUGGAGGUAGCAUCGGGCUUCUGA